AUGCCCAAAAAAAAGGCUCAAAUUUCGAUUAGCAUCCGAAAUUUGAUCAUUCAAUGCCACAAAACUGGCAAAAGCUACCGUGAUAUUGCCGAUAUUAUCCAGCUUCACAAAGAUACGGUCGCUAGAAUCGUGCAGAUGUACAAAAAGCGUGGUUUCAUCUCACCAGCUAAGCGAUCGGAGUGUCCUUCAAAGACAACUGACCCAAUUGACAGAGCUAUCGUGAAGAAAGUGGAGCUGGACUGUGAACUAUCAGCUCCGAUAAUUGAGAAACAGAUUGAAGGCGAGCUUUCCGUUCAACUGACAUCACAAUCCGUACGAAUUCGUCUUCCUAAGAGAGGUCUUAAGGGCAGGAUAGUACUUAGGAAGCCAUGGUUGUAA